GGCGGGCGGGCGGCGGCGCGAUGGGGCUGCGAGCCGGAGGAGCGCUGGGCAGGGCGGGGGCCGGGGCCGGGGUCGGCCGGGGGGGCCCUGGGGGCCCCGGGCCGAGCGGCGGCGCGCAGGGAGGCAGCAUCCACUCGGGCUGCAUCGCCGCGGUGCACAACGUCCCUUUGCGCGUGCUUAUCCGGCCACUGCCGUCCGUGCUGGACCCGGCUAAGGUGCAGAGCCUCGUGGACGCGAUCCGGGAGGAUCCCGACAGCGUCCCCCCUAUCGACGUCCUCUGGAUCAAAGGGGCCCAGGGUGGUGACUAUUUCUACUCCUUUGGCGGCUGCCAUCGCUACGCAGCCUACCGGCAGCUGCAGCGAGAGACCAUCCCCGCCAAGCUCGUCCAGUCCACCCUCUCGGACCUCAGGGUGUACCUGGGCGCUUCCACGCCGGACUUACAAUAGCAGCCGCCGUGGCCCCUGCCAACCCUGCGAAGGUCCCAGAAGACACACUUGGCCUCCAGCGGGCUGGGCCAUGCAGAAAGCGUACAGGGGUGCCUCUCCGUGCCUGAGGGGGAGGUCUGACUCUGAGCACCUGUUCCACUCGCUGCAAGGCCUUGGACUCCUUCCCGAACAGCGUGGGAGCCCCAGAUCCUGCUGCUGUGAAAAUGGGGUCCUAUCUUUGACCUCGAGGUAUUUUUGAGAGAAUGGGAUGGAAAAGAAGAUGGGUUUGGAGAGCUACAGACUCCUGGCUCCAGAGUCCCAAGGACAAGGAUCCUUCUGCAUUUUUGUCUGUGUUAUUUCCCAGUAUGCGGGAUACAUUCAGCUGCAAGGAGAGGAAAGCCUAGGCUGCAGUGGUUUCAACAAAGAGAGGUUCGUCCACAUAGCAUGAAUUCUGGAGACAGGCGGUAUGGGUGCAGGACCCCAGAGAAGGUAGAGCUCACAUCUUUGUGAUUCCUUUUGGCCUCUCCCUUAUUGCUUGUUACUUCAUGGUCCAAGUUGGCAGCUGUACCUCCAGGAAUCAUGGCUGCGUUCGAAGAAGAAAGGUGAGGGGGAGGAGGAAGGGCCAAGCCCACUCUCAACUUCUAUCAUAAAGCCAAACCUUUUUCGGAGGCCUAUUUCCUGUUCUGUCCCCCUGCAUCUUUCCGUUAGGUCUCCUUGGCCCAAACCGGCUACCAUUCCCACCCCUGGCUGCAAAGAAAGUUUAGAUGGCAGGGAACAGAACUGUCGAAAU